GGUUACGUAUACAUUUCCUAUAAUUCCUUCUCCGCCUAUAUAAUCAUCCCGCAACUCCCAUUGUACGUAUAUCAAGCAAUAACAUAACAUCUCUUUAUCCUUUCCCCAACUACUUUAUCAAAGUUUGUUGGGUGUUACCCCGGCCAAUUCAGGUGAUCGAAAAUGUCUAUCCCGCCAGGUUCAUUAGGGAGAGGAUGUGCAGCAACCUAUCCUGAACCGGUGAAUGAACACGAGGUGCUUGGAGCUCAAUUUAUGGAAGAACAUAUUUACAACUUUAACUGUCGUACCACAUCUUCUCCACUCGCUGACAUCGUGUACAGAAGCAGCGACAAAGAUUAUGACAGGCUCCACCAUGUGUUUCGUUGGACUCGUGAGCGUCCUGGUGCCACAUAUCGUGAUGUGUUUGGAAUUGGAUUCCGAGCAAAGAAUGAACACAACACUCGGGAUGAGAUUUUCUACAAUCUAGAUCACUACAUUCAUCAGGCAGGCAGGCCACUUGACCCCGACCGUCGUGAAUCUUACGCCUUCAUUAGCACUACGCUUAGCACCAGUUGGCGUCCGACUGUCGCGCAGGGGACAACUGAUAUUUUGUGCCGAUUCGAGAUAUAUGCUCCUGGUGGCAUUUGGAUCGCUGAAACUCUUGGGGAUCGUUACCAAGCCGAUUUUCGUCGCCAAGACGAGGUCACCUUUGUUGAUGGAAUUGCCCCUGAAUACAUUCGCUCUGUCCAACGCUUCAGGGUUAAUCCCAAUGCUGGCACCGCCAGGUUUCCGAGAUUGGAGAGAGUAGAUAAUGAGAUAAUCAUAAAUGGGAACUUCCGUCCGCAUCCACCGAUGUUGAUUUUCAUUCACAACCCAGUGUACUACUGCAUGAAUGAAGAUGAACAUGGGAGGAGGAGGAGGAUUGAUCUAACCCGUAACGUCUACUAUCCUCCCCAAGAUCGAAAGAAAAGAGAAGUAUUCACCGAGCCUAAGGCCGUUGACUGGUAUGCUAGCGAGGUGGCUAACAUUGGGACUUACAUAAAUGCUGCAUUCCGUUCAUCCCGUACAAACGAAGCCUAUAUUUUCAUGAACAACGAGUACCUACUAUUGAACUAUGCUCCAGGAAUGACAGAUGACAGGGUAGUGAAUGGACCGCUUCUUAUUUGCGAUGGGUUUCCAUCCCUCGCGGGCACAGUCUUUGCGGAAUGGGGAAUAGAUUGUUCUUUUGGGUCCCAUGAUAGGAACAAAGCAUUCAUUUUCUCUGGGAAUCUCUGUGCGUAUAUAAAUUAUGUGCCAGGCACUACGGAUGACAAGAUAAUCAAAGGCCCGAUAACCAUCGCUGCCAUGUUCCCCUUCUUCAAAGGGACAGUAUUCGAGAGCGGAAUAGAUAGUGCCUUUGAGGCACACACAAAAUAUGAAGCUUACCUCUUCAAAGGAAACCAAUAUGCUCUUAUAAACUACUCCACUCCAAAACUUAUUGCCGCCCGUCCCAUCAAUCAAGGCUUCAGUAGUUUGAGAGGCACAAUUUUUGAAAGUGGAAUUGAUGCAGCGUUUGCUUCUCAUAGGAAGAAAGAGGCGUACCUAUUCAAAGGAGAUUCUUACGCACUCAUUGACUUUGCUUCUGGAUCCAAAGAUGAUAGAAUCAUUGGUGGCAUCAAAAAAAUCCUUCCCAAUUGGUCCUCUUUACGAAGCGUCUUGCCUCACAAAAACUAUGGUGUUGACCAUGAUUAUAAUCAUAUUACCACAGCUCCUGCUCAUCGUGUUCACGACGAACUUUAAAAUACUUGUCCUAAUUACUUGCCGACCAGCCUGAGUAUCCAUGCAUGCAUGUUGUGCUUUAGAAUAAGAUCGAGUUUGGCUCCAUAUGAUGCCUAGUUUCUAGUUUUUCUUUAAUUGAAAUAAUUAAGGGUACUGUACAUGGGAAUGGGGUUUUCUUUUCCUCCAUGUAUCUCAUUCUCAUGUUUCUACUGUAACUUUAACUGAAAUAAUUAAGGGUGUCAGAGUGUGCUUGUGGGUAGGUUUUGUCCGUUGUUUAUAUGGUUCUUAUUGUUAAAAAAAUCAUUAAGGGUAUAAAAGGGAAUUGAGGUUAUCUUUUCCUCCUA